AACACUUGUGCGCUCUCUCUAUCUUCGACCGCCACAUUUCUCACUCUGUCUCUUUCCCUCAAUUAAGUCCACCGGAGCUAUGAAGGUCCGAGCCUGGCUAGCCUCCUGUUCCAUGGCCACCGCAACCAUGGACUCAACCCUGAAAAAUCCGCCACAAUCGUCUCCAAAACAUCUAGCUUCCGAUACGAGCAGUGCUUCCGAUAAUUACUCCACUACUGACACCAGCAGCAGUAGCCUCCAAAGCAAUUUCUCUCUUCAAACUUUCCCAUCCCUUCCUUCCCUCCAAAAAUUCUCUCAAGAUGAAAUCCAGUUCCUCUCCGUCUCUCACGCUUGUGUUUCCACUCUGAAAACCUGUGAAAAGUUACCAAUCACCUGCCUCGCUGUCCACGAGGACCUUCUGUACGCCGCCUCUGCCCACGAAAUCAAUGUCUACGAUCGAUCAACACUGACGCAUCUCAAUGUAUUUAACGGCCAGGAAUCCUCGACCGGCUACGUCAAGGCCGUCACGGUCAAUUGUGACGGGAAACUCUUCACUGCUCAUCAGGAUUGUAAGAUCCGCGUCUGGCGUGUAAAUGAGGCAAAGCGAUAUAAGCUGUUAGAUACUCUCCCCACAAUUAACGACCGUUUACGCCGUUGUUUACUUCCGAAGAAUUACGUUAACGUCCGCCGUCACAAGAAGCGGUUAUGGAUAGAGCACGGAGACGCCGUUACUGGCCUUGCCGUUAGAAACGGUUUGAUAUAUUCGGUGUCCUGGGAUAAGUGCUUGAAAAUAUGGAGAGCCUCUGAUCUUCGCUGCUUAGAGUCAGUCAAAGCUCAUGAAGACGCCGUCAACGCCGUCGUUGUCUCCGUUGACGGAACCGUUUACACGGGGUCAGCAGACCGAAAAAUCCGGGUCUGGGCGAAACCGUUCAACCAGAAGCGACACAUGCUUAUGGCGACUCUAGAGAAACACAAAUCGGCUGUGAACGCCUUGGCUCUAAACGAAGACGGUUCGGUGUUGUUUUCUGGGGCGUGUGACCGUUCAAUCUUGGUGUGGGGUAGAGAGGAUAGCGCCAAUUACAUGGCGGUGACAGGUGCGUUGAGAGGGCACGAGAAGGCCAUAUUGAGCUUGAUCAACGUCUCUGGUUUGUUGUUCAGUGGGUCUGCUGAUCGGACGGUGCGAAUUUGGCGGAGAGGACACGAUGCACGAUAUUGUUGCUUGUCCGUUAUGGAGGGACACCAAAAGCCGGUGAAGUCGUUGGCGGCAGUUUGGGAAGAUGAAUCAAACGACGUCGUUUCAGUCUUUAGUGGAAGUCUUGAUGGAGAAAUCAAUGUGUGGAAGGUCUCGGCUUCGAAACCAAACAGCCCCCAAUAUUAAACUCGUAAAUUAUAAUAUUGUUGGUGUGUUUUCUUUUUUUUUUUUAAUGAAUUUUAAUUUUUACUCCUACAAAAUUUAAUAUUUGUUAGUUAUUUGUUUUGUUUUUUAAAAGUUAACUCUGUGAUUGUAUUAUUAGUUAUUGCAGAAUAACAUAUUCAAAAAAAACUUUGUUUUUGGGUGAAA